GAGAGUAGUACAGUGGACAGGCUAAUUCGUGGGAUAACCUCAUUGUGUCGACAUGGUCUGCGAGCAAGAGAUGUUGGUUGACAAAGUCUGCGAGCUGUAUGAUCAAAUUUCGAGGCUAGAGAGCCUGAAGCCCUGCAAAAAUGUCGACAUGCUUUUUACCCAACUCGUGCUCACAUGCAUGCCACCCAUCCCCAUCGAUGUCACCAAGCUCAGCUCCCGCGUGCAACAAAUUCGAUCCAAACUUAUAAGAAUCUGCGGUGAGGCUGAGGGCCUCUUGGAGAGCCACUACUCCUCCAUCCUAGCCUCCCACCACGACCCUCUCCGUCAUCUCCACCUCUUCCCCUACCAUUCCAAUUACCUCAAGCUCAGCCUCCUCGAGUUCAGCAUCCUCAGCCAACACUUCCCCCAUGUCCCCUCCAAGAUUGCCUUCAUCGGCUCCGGCCCCCUCCCUCUCACUUCCAUCGUCUUGGCCUCCAAUCACCUCCCCGCCACCCUUUUUCACAACUACGACCUCGACCCCGUAGCCAAUUCCAAGGCCGCGCGCUUGGUUUCUUCUCAUCCCGACCUGUCCAAGCGCAUGGUGUUCCACACCCGCGAUGUCUUGCAGGCUUCCGAGGAGUUGCAGGACUACGAGGUGGUUUACCUGGCGGCUCUCGUGGGGAUGGGCAGAGAGGAGAAGACUCGGAUCAUUGAUCAUUUGGCCAAGUACAUGGCCCCUGACGCGCUUCUGUUGCUGAGGAGUGCUCAUGGGGCUCGGGCUUUCCUGUACCCUGUGGUUGACCCUCGCGAUCUCGCUGGCUUUGAGGUUCUCUCGGUGUUCCACCCCACCGAUGACGUUAUCAAUUCAAUAGUCGUUGCUCGUAAGUGUGCCGUGCCCGUGCCUUCGCAACACCUUGCCUCUGUCAUGCUCCUCGACCUCCAUGACCUCAACCAUGGCGACAUGAUUGGUGAGGGAUUAUUGCGCGCUCACGUCGAGGAAGACUGAAUCUUCCCCCCUCCCUGUCCCGUCAUCUUCUGUUGUCGCCCUACGUGUUUGACUUAACAGUUUCAGUCAUGUCUGACUGGUUUGUGUAUCAUCUAUAUAGUUAUCGCUAGCAAUUGCUAUGCAUAUACGUAUAUGUCCUCGUGAUGUUUAUGAUUUUUCAGACAAAUAAAAAGAUUGUUACGUGUUCAGAUCGUCA